AUGAAUCAAGGUCAGCGCAUGCGGUAUAUCAAGACGGGUGGCAUUGUUGCCUUCGUCUUGUUCGUACUAUACUACAUGCUGCCCGGCUCGUCAGGGUCAACAGCAAAGUUCCCGACGGGCGAUGUUGCCUCAGAUCCUUCAAUGGGCACGGCGAAAUGCACAAAGUCCUACUCGUCCAGCAAGCCGCUGAUCCAAUACGCUCUCAUGGUUGACGCUGGCAGCACCGGCUCGCGCAUCCACGUUUACCGCUUCAACAACUGCGGCCCCACCCCCGAACUCGAGAACGAGGACUUCAAGAUGACGGAGAAGAAGGAAGGCGGUUCCGGACUGAGCUCCUACGACUCGGACGCCGAAGGUGCUGCAAAGAGCUUGGAUGUGCUGCUACAAGUUGCCAUGGACAAGGUCCCUGAGAAGCUGAAGGGCUGCACUCCCAUCGCCGUCAAGGCUACGGCUGGUCUGCGCAAGCUGGGUCCUGAGAAGAGCGAUGCCAUCCUCAAGGCUGUGCGCAACCGUCUCGAGACAGUGUACCCAUUCCCCGUUGUCAGCGAGAAGAACGGUGGUGUCGAAGUCAUGGACGGCAAGGACGAAGGUGUUUACGCUUGGAUUACGACAAACUACCUGUUGGGCAAGAUCGGCGGUCCUGACAAGACUCCCACAGCUGCUGUCUUCGAUCUUGGUGGUGGUAGCACUCAGAUCGUUUUCGAGCCCACCUUCGCUCAGGCCAAGGAUGGCGGUAUGCCCGAGCAACUCCAAGAGGGUGACCACAAGUACAAGCUCUCCUUUGGUGGUCGUGAUUUCACUCUGUACCAGCACUCGUACUUGGGCUACGGUCUCAUGGCCGCCCGCGAGAAUCUGCACAAGGUUGUCAUCGACAACAUGCACAAGGCAAACCCUGACUCUACCGCCUGGCUGAGCAAGCCUGUCCUCAACCCCUGCUUGAUCCCUGGCACUUCGCGUGAAGUCAAGGUUCCCCUCGGCAAAGGUCACGCUCUCGGCGAAUCCGUCACUGUCAACAUGACUGGUCCUACCACUGGCUCUGCCCCUCAAUGCCGCGCCAUUGCCGAGCAAACUCUCAAGAAGGAGGAGGAGUGCAAGAUCUCCCCUUGCGCAUUCAACGGUGUCCACCAGCCAUCUCUUUCCAAGACAUUCUCCCGCGAGGACGUGUACCUUUUCAGUUACUUCUACGAUCGUGCUCAGCCUCUUGGUAUGCCCGAAUCAUUCACUCUUUCCGAGCUCAAGGAUUUGACUGCCCGUGUCUGCGAGGGCCCCAAGGGCGAGUCAAAGGCCUGGGAUAUCUUCAAGCCAAUCGACGGCGCUAUAAAGGAGCUUCAAGGCCGUCCUGAGACCUGUCUGGAUUUGAACUUUAUGGUUGCACUUUUGCACACUGGAUAUGAGAUGCCCAUUGAUCGUGAGGUCAAGAUUGCCAAGAAGAUCAAGGGCAACGAGUUGGGCUGGUGUUUGGGUGCCAGUCUUCCUCUUCUCAGCCAGGAGAGUGGUUGGUCUUGCAAGAUCAAGCAGGUUGCAUAA